AUGACAAAACUCAACAUCAAGAUCGUUGUCGCCUUAGCCGUUGUAGCUGUGGUAUAUGCAUCUUCUAUACCCGUAUUUGCUAUUGAAGAAGGAGAGCCGAAACAGCUAUGGGACGAAUGUCUUACCAAAAUGUCUCCAAAGUGUACGUUGGAUAUAGUCGAAGAGAUUUUCUGGAACGGGACCGUCUCCGAUGCUUGUUGCCGCGAACUUGUCCUAGAGGGGAAGAUCUGUCAUGAUACUCUUAUCAAAUACAUGGCAGACAGACCAAGUUUCAUCGCCCGUGAACCCGAGUAUUUGGCAAAGAAAGAUGCUCUAUGGGCUCGUUGUGUGUCGGUCAAAACAACCGUUUGA